AUGGGAGCCGAAAAUAGCAUUUUAGAUUCUUAUAAACUAUCAAAACCAUUGAUCAAGCAAAAAAAUAACGGUCAGCCAUGGACAAUUCGACCUGCACUGAAUGAUAAAGGCAUCAAAGUUGCCGUAUUUACACACGAUCUUUCACUUGGAUCCAGCAAGCCGCAAAACGGAAUAGAAAAUGCUACUAAGGGUCUUACAGCACAUAAUAAUAUCGCAAAGUCGGCAAUAUACGUUAGUCAAAGUGAUGGAUGUUGGAAACUUGGAGGGAUGGAAUAUACGCGAUCGUAUCGUAACAUUAACGCUGAGUUCUUACGCCAGACAACAAAAUACCGUUGCUCAGAUGCGAUAUCACCUGAAGAAAAGUCUGGUAAGUUUGAUCCACCACUCUCUUCCAGCCAAAGUCGUGAUGUUUACGCGUUUGGUAGGCUAGUCAUGUCAUUAAAAGAGAAAUUUGAAAUUGAGAAUGAUGAAGUAGUACAACGGUUUACGAACCGGAUAUCUGAGCAAUGUUUAAUCGACGAUCCUAAGUUGCGAUCGAAAUUUGGUCAAUUGAUGAAAGAAGAAAUAUUUACGGAAAAUGAUUUAUUAGAUCUUGUUACUUUCUUAAAUAAUAUAACACUUAAAUCGAAUAUCGAGAAACAGGAAUUCUUUAGAUACUUAGCUAAGCGAUUGCGACGUUACCGUUCCGCAACCAUCGUACGAAGGGAAGAAGUAAUUCCGAUCAUUGUCAAAUUAUUUAAAGUUAGGCAUAAGCACGUCCGGCUAUUAAUUUUAGAUCGUUUUAAUACUUACAUCAACUAUUUUAACAAACAACAAUUACAAAAGGAAGUUCUUCCCAAGAUUCUUCAGGGUUUAAGAGAUAUAGAUAAUGAAAUCGUUGCAGCUACAUUUAGGGCUAUGGCUGACUGUGUCCUUGUGCUUGGAGCUGAAAAUGUGGUUGGAACCGCCGACCGAAGAACUAUCUUUAAAGAAGGUCAACCUGAUGUAAGUAUAGUUGACCAGUUAUGGAUAGUUUCACCUCAGGAGAGUUUUUCGUCAUAUGAAGUUUCUCCAAGCACAAACUAUCAUAUCAUUCAAAAGAUGAUCGAUAAUGCCAGUAUAACAAGUGACGAUACUCAUGACGAUCCAGUGGAAAUUAUGGAACGUUCAAGCACUAAAAAUGUAUUUGAUACAAAAUUAAAUUAUGAGAAAUCGAUGGGAGACAAAACUAAUAGCAAUAUAAGGGGUGAUUCUCCUGAAAUGAAAAAGAAACUUGACAGAGAACGACGACGUGAAGAGAAUCGUAAACGUAAUGAAGAAAAAAAAAGGCAACGUGAUUUGUUAAAAUCUGGGAAAAAAACAGGUAUGGAAAUAACGGGAAUGGAGCACGCUGCUUCAGUUGCAGGCGAAGAUGAUCACUUACCACUUGAGACACCACAGAAAAUCGUAAACGAUAUUCAUAACACCACUAUUGAUCAAAAAGUGGACGUUAUUUCCGAGUCAGCAUCGAUUAAUGAGAAUGAUGGAAAUAGACAUGUUGAGGAGGAUGCGUGGUCAAACGACAAUUGGGAGUAUUUUGGAAAGCCUAAUGAGACUGAUGAAUGUAGCACCACCUCUUCACCCGAGACAACUACUAUGCCUGAAUCGAAUGAAGAUUAUCUUAAAAAAGUGAAAACUCUACAAACUGAGAAAUCGUCCUUGAACGAUAACAUGGCAGAAGUUCGUAAAAACUUGUCUGAUAGCGUGACACUAUCUGGCAAUGGAGUGGACAAUAACAGUAGUCGAUUUUCUACAAUGCCUAACAAAGAUAUUUUAUUGCCUAAUGAAAUUAAGGCAACUGAAAGUAGAACUUCAAUAUCCUCAAUAUCGGAAGCGGUUCAUGACUCUGCAGCUGGUUCUACUACUGGUAGUGUUAAGACUGAGCUAGUAGAGCCCAGAAAUAAUCAGGCUGAAAAUGGUUGGCAAACUUGGAACGCAUCCCAGCCAUCAUCCCCUACGCUAUCGACUUCCAGUUCAAAUACAUCUAAGAACACGCCUUCGUUAAAAAAGUUGAAAAAAACAAAUAAGGUGGAGACAUUGGGCCAUGAAUUUGAUAUUCAAAUAAAAUCUGUAGAUCCUACAGAAGAGAUAGAUUUUUUUGCAGACAUGCUGCCUGUGUAUACUGCUCCAGAAAAAAGUGUCGAAAUCAAAAGUAGACAUAAACAGAGCUCAAAAUCCGAUAGCAAAUCUUUAUUUUCGAUUCGGGAUAGCACAAAUGAUAGCGGCAUGGGUACGUCUGGUUGGGAUGAUGAAUGGGAAGACAGUGCAGCAAAGAUUUGCGAGGACUCAACGCAGGCAUAA